AUGUUGGCCAGUAACAAUUACAAUAAGAUAGCGGCCACUUCGUUGCCAACUCGCGUGCAGGCGGCAGGCGGCAGUUGGCUAAAUCUACAGCAUGUGGCGCCGCAUAAAUCGGGACCGAUAAUAAACAUUAGCAACACCACCAUCGUUAUAAGGAACAUGAGCAUUUACGACUAUUUUCGGCAACACUUGGCCAGUUCGAAGCGCCAGCGCUCGACCUUUGAGCCCCAUCCUUCGCCCAGUACGUAUCCCGCCUCCAAGUUGCGCAAGCACAACUUUAGUAAUUACCAAAAGGAACGGGAAAGGGAAGACCGGCGGAAAGAUAAUAAUAAUAAUCAUCGAACCAAGGGCAAACCAUCAUUAGAUGACUACGAUAUAAGAUUCUUUGUCUACCUUAACUCGCUAAUAUUAUUCACAAUGUCGUGCAGUCGUCAAUCGGCCGCCGAGGGCGAUGACCUCAAGCAUUUCAUUUGCGACCGGAUCCGGAAAUUCGAUCGCCUACGGCGAAAGGCAAGAAAGCGCCGCAAGCGGAGGCCCAAAAAGCUGGUCGAGGAUCAAAUGCACCAUUUAUAA